AUGUGGUGGGACGACGACGCGAUCCAGGCGACUGUCACCCGGCAGUUCGCCUGUAGCCAUCUUAUCCCGGAGGAUGUCGAACGCCUCGACCGGCCAACGGGCUUCGGCGACGGCCUAACUGAUAGCACGUACUGGGAAUGGAUAGACGAGAGGGCAAAGCGUCUCUUCCUAAUCCUCAUAGACCUCGGACUGCCGGACCAAAUCUUUUAUGUUAUCGACGACUCUUGGGACGACGAUGAUCUCCCUAUUGCCCUCGAUCAGGUGGAGCGACUGGAACUAAGCCGCCACAAGGAUGUGAAAUUGGAGAGGAAAUUCUACUACCGGCAGUUUCAUUACCUGCUGAAACCGAUACGGCAAGGAUAUCAUGUGUUUUACGAUAAUAUGGACGUAGUACCGUUGGAUACUGUCGAAGGGAAGCAAGGCUUGGCCCAGAACCGUUAUGGGAACAAGGUCGUGCUUCCAAACCAGCCGGACGUGGUUCUCUGCCGCCGCUGCAUCCCUCUAGGUUCCGAUCCUGGCCGCCUGAGCCACGACGACUUUCUGUACCAGGUCAACAACCUCAGGAGAGUCCAGAACGAGCAUCUCAAGUCUUACUGGGCUUCCUACGUCCACCAAAAUCACGGCUAUAUCUUGUUCACCCCAGCUAGCGACUUCAGCUUGAAGUCCUUGCUUGCCACAACGCCGACGGCGAUCAAGAACUUGAACAAGCAGGCGCGGAGCCACCUCGUCCUAAACUGGAUCCACUGUCUGGUCGACACUCUGUGCUUCAUCCACAGCAGAGGUCUCUCCCACGGGAAUAUAAGGCCGUCAACGAUCCUCUACACCAGCGCAAACCACAUAUUCUACUCUGACCUGGGACACCUCGGCGUCGAGCUGUCCCCAAGCAGAGCCGACAAGGCGCCGUUCGACAAGGAGCGGUACGACUAUAUGGCCCCCGAACAGCGUCUCCGGAGCAACGCGACAGCUUCGAGCCCGACGACCCACCGCAAAUCCAGCUUGCCCUCGCCUUCGAGCCAUCGCGCUAGCAUGCCGCCAUAUCCCGACAAACAGGCCGCCGACAUCUUCUCUCUAGGCUGCGUCAUCCUAGAGCUCCUAACCUUCCUGAUGAAGAGGCAGAGCCGGGCAUUCGCGUCCCACCGAGCCGCCAAGCACAAGACCCCUGGGAGGGGAGGAGCGGUCCCGGACUCGUCCUUCCACGGCAACCUGGGCCAGGUGGGGAGCUGGGCGGCACAGCUAGCCAAGGAGGCGGCGGCGGCGGCGUCGUCGUCGUCGAAGAGGAAGGUCCUCCUCGGCAACGACGGUGGCGACGGAGGCGGCGACGUCGUCGGCCCGAUCCUGCGCGUCGCCGAGAGCAUGCUCGCGCCGCGCCCGUCGGCGCGGCCCGCGGCCCGCGAGGCGCAGGAGCGCAUCUACGAGAUCCUCACGGGGGCCGCCGGGUGUGGCGGCGGCGUCUUCGAGCCGCACUGCGUACACUGGUAUGGCGGUGGAAACGGCGGCGGCUGGGAUUUUGGCUUCGGCUUCGACGGCCUCGGCGGGGGUCCAGGGAGCGUCGCCCGAAACGAUGACGACGGCCACGACGACGAUGGUUGCUCCGAGACGACCAGCACGCAAAGUCUCGAAUACCGCCGGGCGAGCAGCCGGGGCAGUAGUAGUGGCGGCGGCAGCGCCUCGACAGGCUCGGUCGGACGCGACUGCGGCGCCGGGCCGGGGAGGGCGGUAGCGGGUGCGCGGGGGGGAUCAAGGACUGCCCACCGGGGCAGUGGGUUUCGGUCGAUUCGCAACCUCCGCAUCGGGAGUGGCAAGUGGCAGCAGUUUCCCGGGCCUGUCUCGGUCUGA